AUGUCACUAGAAGUGGUCCAAAUCAACGACCGAGAGCCGGAAACGGAGGUGGUGACGCCCCAUCCGCGUCAAGUGGUCGACGACAUCAUCGCCUUGUGGAAGGAAGACCCGCUGACGGAGUCGUUGGGCGCCGCCAAGCUCCACGGCCAGGUGAAAAAGCGCCACCCAAACUGGCUGGUGCUGGAGAAGCGGGUGAGACAGCUCUUAAAGGAGUUUGGCCUCAACGUCAACCUGACCGCUCAACAGGUGAGUUAUGCUAAAGAUAUUAAGGCUCACCCUACUCCUAAGGACGUUAUUAUGCCCGAAAAUGUCCAGGUGACAAUGACGCUGAAAAGAGGUAAAGGUCUCUACGCUAAGCGUCCUAUCAAGAAGGGGACGAUACUAUGGGAAGAAGCCCCCUUAUUUUAUGUCCCCCAACUCCAAUCUACUCCGUUGAUGAAGCAGGGCCAGUGCUGUGCUUACUGUGGUAAAGUGUUGGAGAAAAGCAACGCCAACCUCACCCUGGGCCUCGACUGCCAGCUGUGUCCGAUGGUGUGGUGUCUGCAACGGUGUAAAUCAAGCAACACGUUGCACCUGGCGUUGUACCACUUGACUGGGAAGAGACUUAUCGAUGCUGAAAAGUUUAUGGAGCUCGAAGACUACUGUCUCCAAGAACUGUGGAAUGCUCUCUAUGCCCUCGCUCACAUCCAGGCGCAAAUCAUCAUGGAAAAGAAGCCUGAAGCUGGUAAACUGAGUCUAAAGGACAAGUUUGAUUCGUUGGCUCUGGUGUCGCAACAGGUGCGGUACCGGGCGGUGAAUCUGGGGGCAGGGGCGUUUGAUCUGAUGACUGGGGGAGCAUUGUUUGUUGAAGAGCAACAGGAGAUCUUGUGGAAGGAUGGGUACUCUAAGUUUACUGCAGUAUUCCCUCGACUCAGCGGGGUGACCUACGACGACUUCUUGACGAUGUUGGGCACCUACAACAUCAACAACUUGGACCUGAACGUGUUCAUGAUGCAGCUGCACUUGAACCACAACUGUGACCCCAAUGUUGACGUGAAUACGCACGCCACUGACCGUAGUAAGCCGUUGAAGGUUGUGGCUGAUCGCGAUAUCGCUGGUGGCGAAGAGCUUACCACUACUUACGUUAACCCCAGCCAUCCGGUACUCCAAAGACUGCGUGAGCUUCGAGUUAACUGGGGGUUUGUGUGUGCUUGUAACCGGUGUAAACUGGAGAAGCAACAGGACCAGCGGAAACAGUCACAGCUGAAGUCGUUAGAAACGAAAGAGGAUAUCCGCAAAAUGCUCAAGGAAGAGGAGCCCAGCCAGGAAAUCGAGUUGGAGGUGCCGUCGCCGUCGCUGGGCGAACGCCGUAAGCUGGUGAGAUUUGACGACAACGUGUUGCAACUCACUCAGGAGACGGAAAACCUCCCUGGUGACGCCAACAUCUACGAAACUUACCACAAGACUAAAUAG